AUGAGAUUAUCAUUGUAUCUUGCACGUCAAGCAACGGCAAAGGGUGACCACUCCGAGGCUCUCUUUCACUACUUUGUUGUCCUUAAAACCGUCACCGAGAAAACACGCCAUGAGGAUUUUGCUGCAGAAUUUGCCGAGGCGCUUGCUCAACAAUUAACAACGUGCGAUGAUGCGAAUUUUGCGCACAAUAUUUGGGCAAAUUCGUUGGCUCUCUUCGAAACUUCCCCGUUAGUUCAUGAAAUUGUGGCUCGAGAUGCUUUUCAACGAGGAGAAGUCGUGGAAGCGAUCGACCGCUUUGAAACGUGCAUUAAGUUGACCCAGGGAAACGAACGGGUGGCUCAUCGAAUGAACUUGGCGAAUUUUAAAUCUCAACUUUUUGACGCCUGGCACUUUCCGAUGAUCAACGAUGUGAAAAGGAAUCGAAAAUUUGCGGAAGCUCUUGUCACAGCGGUGACUCCAAUGGAUUCAGUUUUUGAAAUCGGUGCUGGAACAGGACUUUUGUCGCUAGUUGCUGGGAAAAUCACGAAUAAAGUAACAUCAUGUGAGUACAAUCCUAUCAUGGCUCGAGUAGCGAAACAGGUUGUUGAGAAAAACCAUCUGAUGGAUAGAGUGGAGAUUGUUCAAGAGAGCUCUUUCGAGAUCGAGAUGCCGAUAAAAGCUAAUGUGAUUGUAAGCGAAACGAUGGAUUGUUGUGUUUUUGGAGAAGGAACAGUGGGGGCCAUUUUAGACGCGCAUCAAAGAGUAGCUGCAGCUGGCGCUUUAUUCAUCCCUCAACAGACUUCCGUUUACAUUGCUCUACUCUCGUCUGCUUCAAUUCAUUCGAAUCAUGUGGGCCAAGUUGGAGAGAAUACAGUGUGCUCUCCUUAUGUAAAUAUGGAAGGACAAGGAUUUUUGCAUUCCGACGAUAGGGAUCCCUAUUGGUGUGGCUAUCUAAACGAUUUUUCCGACGCCAAAAUUCAAUCUGAUUGGGUGGAAGUGAUUAGCGUGAAUUUUACAAGACCAGAGGAGCUGAGUUUUUUGGUUGACGAAGGUGCGGAAGGAAGGUUAACGCUCAAAGCCAAAUCGAAGACGUUAGUGCAUGCACUUGUCGCCUCGUUUAGUGCAAAUCUUUAUGGUAAUGCCUCUAUUGACACGAAAGGAGACUCUUGUUGGCCGAAUGGAAUCUAUCCUUUGCGAAAAGCUUUAAAUCUCGAUGAAGGAGAGACGGUGGAUAUCCGAUGGACUUUGAGCGGUGGUGCAACAAGGCUUGAGAUAAAACUUGACGAAGAUACUAAUGAAAAAGAUGACCUACCUGUCCCUAUGUUUGUCGUUUCCGAGAAUAGCGAAGUACUUUUACUGAAUAACUUGGGGAUUCAAGACUAUUUAUUGUCUUCAAUUCCGUCAAAUGCUACUCGAAUUCAUGACCUCACCUCAAUAGCUUCUUUUUGUUUAAAGUUGAAAGCGAUACGACCGAACGUGGAACUUUCGAUAUGUCAACCUGAAGAAAACCUUCUGCUAUUGAUUUCUUCACAACUUUCAGCCGAUGUCAUGGUGGCUCCUUUACCCGGACAACAAGAUGUGAUUGUGCAUUGGCCGCUACGAACUGAUGGAACUCUAAACAAAAUGGCGCUUGACUGGGUUGCUACGGGUUACGCACCUAUGGCUGAAGUGGUUCCAUCAAUAGUUAUUGCGGUUGGACAACUCGUCUCUUCUACAUGGUUACAUCAACGGACAAGACCAUAUCCUGCUAGUCAUCUUGGGUUUGAUUUGAGUCCUCUAUCGCCCUUUUCUUUGUUCGAAUACAGGGACAUUUCACUGACCAAUUUCCCUCACACAGCGAUAUCCGAACCGUUCGAGUUCAUGCCGAUUGCGAUGAAUGGAAAUCUAGACAUGAGCGUUCCCAAAGAACCGAUGCUUUUCAACAGAACUUUAACGACGAGGGUAACUACUACGUGUUCGGGUGAAUGUGAUGGAGUUUUCUAUUGGUGGCGGGUUGGAGAGUACGAUUCGAAAAUGGCCGAUGAUCGACUUGCGGCUUUCAUUUUUCCACAACGAAUCCAACUUGAAGAAGGAGACGUUCUGGAGAUUCGCGCUGACUUCUACAAGGGAGAUCUACUAGUCGAAGCCACAAAAGUUGGAUCAUCUUUG